AAAAUCAAAUCUCCCACCAGACUCCAACUCACUGCCAUCUUCAUCUCUUUCAUAUGUAUCAAGACGCUAACCCCUUUCACUCUUCCUCAACUCACUGGAACCGCCUCGAGGAUAAGCUCUUCGAACACGCUCUUAUUUUGUUCCCCGAUGAAGUUCCUGAUCGCUGGCAGAAGAUCGCCGAUCAACUUCCCGGAAAGUCUCCCCGGGAUGUCGAGGAACAUUAUGAGGUGCUUGUUCAUGAUGUCGCCGAAAUUAACUCGGGCCGAGUUGAGUUGCCGUGUUAUUCUGACGAGUCGUCCUGUUGGGACUCCGCCAGUCAGAUCUCCUUUGGGUCUAAGCCUGUGAAGCAGAGUGAGCCCGAGAGGAAGAAGGGUACUCCCUGGACUGAAGCAGAACACAGGUUAUUUCUGAUUGGAUUGCGAAAGUUUGGCAAGGGUGAUUGGAGGAGUAUUUCAAGGAGUGUUGUGGUGUCAAGAACACCAACUCAGGUGGCUAGCCAUGCCCAGAAGUAUUUCCUUCGCCAAACAAAUGUGAGGAAAGAGCGGAAAAGGGCAAGCAUCCAUGACAUUACUACAGUGGAUACCAAGCCAAUAGAUCUUCCUGUUGAGCAGAACUCAAUGGGUCUGCCUAUUGACCAAAACUGGAAUCCUUCUCAGGAAGUUCCAGUUCACCAUGAGCCACCUACAUAUCAACAGUUUCCUCCACCAAACCAGUUUCCCAGUCAAGGAGGUGCAAUGGGGUAUCAAAACUAUGGCUUUCCCAUGUAAAGCAGUAGAGGUGUGCACUUUGUAGAUAAAGCAAUAGCAUGCUUUUGUCAAGUCAUAUCCAUGUUCAUUUUAGCUAAUAGGUGAUUAGUGGUUUUGAAAAAGUAGAACUCACAAUCUAGGUGGUCGUUUUUUGAAUUAUCUGUGGAUAAUUCAGAAACAAAGUGGUGAAAAGUUUAGUUGGAUUAUGCACAGAAACUUUAAGAUGGAAUUCCAUAGAGAUAGGCAAUUUUUUCUUAGUUCUUUGAUCAUUUUGCCAUAAGAGUUGGAAACCUUUCUUGUUUAGAUACUUAUUACCACCCUUUGAUUGAUCUGAUAGUAUUAAUGCUGGUAUUGAGUAUAAAUAAGAAGUAGUUCUUAUUUCUCCAA